UGGUUUAAAAAGUAUGGCAUGUGAGCUAGUUAAGCAUCUCUCCUCCAUUCCAUAGGGAAUGACUUGGGCUACUCUUGCUCACCACGUCCACCUGCACUUCGUUAGAGCACGGUAUGUUCACAUGCCAUACCGCAAGAGCCCCACAGUGACAUAACUCUAUCCAGAGACUGGCGUGACUGGGCUGCUCUCCCCCUCCCCCCCCCACACACCCUCCUCAGCUCUUGUAUCACUGACAAUCUGGCAGGCAGUUCGUGCUCACAGAGUUUACAGCAUAUAUUGGUGGAUUCUUGUCCACACUGCAUCUGCUUUAGGAAUUAACGAAGCAGUGUCAGGAUUGUAAGGCUUUAGCUGAAAAUGAAUCUAAGUGCCCUUAGUCUUGUCUUGGCAUUAGUUUGUGGUGCUAAUGCCCAGUACUAUGACUAUGACAUUCCUCUCUUCAUGUAUGGGCACUUAUCACCAAACUGUGCUCCAGAAUGCAACUGCCCCCACAGCUACCCCAGUGCCAUGUACUGUGAUGAGCUGAAGUUGAAAAGUGUGCCCAUGGUGCCUGCCGGAAUCAAGUACCUUUACCUCCGGAACAACCAGAUCGACCACAUUGAUGAAAAGGCCUUUGAGAACGUCACGGAUCUGCAGUGGCUCAUUCUCGAUCACAACCUCCUGGAAAACUCCAAGAUCAAAGGGAAAGUUUUCUCGAAACUGAAGCAACUGAAGAAGCUUCACAUCAACCACAACAACCUGACAGAGUCCGUGGGACCCCUGCCCAAGUCUCUGGAGGACCUGCAGCUCACUCAUAACAAGAUCACCAAGCUGGGCUCCUUUGAUGGACUGGUAAACCUGACCUUCAUCCACCUGCAACACAAUCAGCUCAAAGAGGAUGCCGUCUCGGCUUCCCUGAAAGGUCUUAAGUCACUUGAGUACCUUGACUUGAGCUUCAAUCAGAUGUCCAAGCUGCCUUCUGGUCUCCCCGCUUCACUUCUCACUCUCUACCUAGACAACAACAAGAUUAACAACAUCCCCGAUGAAUAUUUCAAGCGCUUUAACGGGCUGCAGUACCUUCGUUUAUCCCACAACGAACUGGCUGAUAGUGGCAUACCCGGAAACUUGUUUAAUAUUUCAUCUCUGGUGGAGCUGGACCUCUCUUACAAUAAGCUCAAAAGCAUACCGACUGUUAAUGAAAACCUUGAAAAUUACUACCUGGAAGUCAAUGAACUUGAAAAGUUUGACGUCAAGAGCUUUUGCAAGAUCCUGGGGCCAUUAUCCUACUCUAAGAUCAAGCAUUUACGUUUGGAUGGCAAUCCCCUCACUCGAACCAGUUUGCCAAAUGAUAUGUAUGAAUGUCUACGUGUAGCAAAUGAAAUCACUGUUGAUUAAUAUCUGCUAUUUCCUACUUUAUUGAAGUCUAUUCUGGAGCAGUACUUUAUCAUUAGGUUUUUGUGAGAGUGUGUGUAAACUUUUCAUACCUUUUUAUUGCUGUUUAUUAUUUCAUGAAUUUUAAAUAAUGAAGGAAAUGUUUUGUGAACAUUUACCACUUUUUAGUAGUAGAAAAGAUGAAAAGCAGGCCUAUUUCAUCACAAGAACACACAGAGAUAUUAAACUUUAGGCUAUAUUUAUAAAUUUAGUGUCUUCUGCAUCUCUAUGGGCAAGCAAAAUGCAAAAGCCUUUUUAGCGGUUGUAUUGAAGUCAACCAAACUUUAUAAUAUUGACAUCUGAAUUUAUUUUAACAGAUUCAAAAAUAUGGAAUAAAUACAAAUGGAUAUUUGCUACCUUUAUCCAAAGUA